AGAUACGGGUAAAUAAACUCAACAAUUUUCAAAUUUCUAUUGACUUUAUUCCAGGAUUACGUCAAUUUAUUAAUUUGAAACUAAUAAUUUAAUGGACUCGUUUCUUUCAGCAUUGGUUUUGGAACAAUGAACAACCAAUGCAAAAGUGGAACACACGUUCCACUCAAAGCGAAGCCAUUGGUAGCUCGCUCCGAUGUCGUCGAGGUAAAACAAGAGCCCACGAUCAAAGAGGAACCAGAAAGUCAUGGCGAAGCGCUUAUGGUAUCCGUGCCACGACAGCGUUAUUGGGGUUUAGCAGUUGAACUCGGCGCCGACAGAGCAAAUAAUGAUCCAAGUGUCAAAGAUUCGUAUUCAACGCAUGUCAAACUAGAGCUCAAAGCUGAAGCCGAUAUCAAAGUUGAACCGAAGUCGAAGGAAGGCAAACGAUCAGAUAAAAAUGACACAUCGAAAGAAAAUGGAAACUGUGAAGCGGACGGACAGUGGAAAAAAGGGGAUGCGGUGCCACGGUCAUCGAAUGGAUGUUCGAAGAAAAAGAGCAUUGAUGUGACGGGUAGAGCUAAGGCGGUAAUCAAUGCUGCGCAUAGAAAACAGUCAGCGGUAAAGAGGACCAAGAAACAGCACAAGUGCUCAACAUGUGGAUAUGUUGCGCCAAACCCAUCCAAAUUGAAGAGCCAUAUGUUCAAACACACUGGUGAAAAACCAUUUCCUUGCAAAAUUUGUAACAAACGAUUCACACAAAAAUCGAACCUUCAUGCACAUUUGAAAACACACACCGAUGAAUAUCCGUUCAGUUGUUCAGUUUGUCUCAAGAGAUUCGCACAGGAUGACGAAAGACUGGUGCACGAGAAUGUUUGCAAUGGGCGACGCUUCGAAUGCCAUUUGUGCAAGGAGUAUUCUACUUCAAAUGAGGCUCAUUUGAAGGAGCACAUGCGUGUGCAUAGUGGCGAUCGACCAUUCCGAUGCAGCUUUUGCUCCAAAAGAUUCACACUACGAUCCAGCCUAAAG